AAUGAGACGGACUUUUUAUCUCUUCCGCGUGCUUCCCGGAAGUGAUUGGUUGGCGUUGGCAACGUUUUAGCAGUUCUAACGGCGUUUUCUGUCUCUGAAUACAGACAUUAAGGAGAAUAAUUCCCCAAAGGACUUGUGAACAUUUUCACCCUUUGAAUCCACUCACCACAAAGGAGCAAGGAGCCAGUACAGGCUGCAAACAGAAUGACCAGCUCAUCUGCUCCAAGGAUGGUGAAUAGUUACAAGAGGACUUCCAGCCCAAGAUCGCCAACUAACAGUGGGGAGCUUUUUACCCCAGCACAUGAGGAAAAUGUGCGCUUUAUACAUGAUACCUGGCAGUGCGUACUCAGAGACAUCAGAUCAACACAGAAUAGUGAACGGAACGACCGUGGACCACAGGAGUACGUGGACAAGAACCCCAACCCUAACCUACAUUCCUUCACACCAGUGGACCUGAGUGAUCUCAAAAGGCGUGUUGCCUUUUUGGACUCCAAGAAAUCCUAGUGCUUCCUGUGAUGUUCUCAUUGCUUUUUUCCAUCCAUUAUCCUGAAGAACUUUUCAUUUCUCAGCCCUCUGACAGCCAACGCUGUUGGCUCAUGUAACAGAAACAAGUCUCAUUUCUAUACUAUGGACCAUAGAAACUCAUGUCUUUUUUUUGUUUGGUUUUACCCUCGACGACCGACAAAGAAGAAAAGCAAACACACUUGAAUUUCCAGGGGCACAAACCUUCCCCUCCCGCUCUGUUUUUCAUGUUUUCCCUUACAAAUUCUGAAUAUUUACCGCCCUAAUGUGGAUGGGUCCGAUUCAAGUGUGCAUCAGAAUUCGCAGACAUCUGAUGCUGAGGCUCAAACUAAAGCCCGACGGGACACAAAAGUCUUAAAUAUAGUAGUACCUGCUGCUUAAAUAACUUUUGGAGGCAAUUGUAAAAGAGCUGACUUGUGUUUUGGGUUCAGAAAGUAGAUCGAUAAAUCGAUAAACGCUAGAAGUAACUGAACAUCGGACACGCUUUAUGGGAAGCUUUUGAAAGCCAAAAUACUAAAUAGAAGGCCAACAUUUUUAUUAAACAAUUUGUUGCCCGUUGUGGACUUUAUUAUCUAGAAUGCAAGGAUGCAGUCGUUGGUUGACCCUUCUCCUCUAAGCCUUGACACAAAAUAUUGAAUAAAAGACUUUUACAGUA